CCAGCCUUCCAGCCAUACCUCGGCGACCUUAUGAUUGGCCAAAUCUUUGCUCAGGGCAGUAAACACAGUAGCCUCGAGGCUAAACCAUAGCCUGACCUAAAAUAUCCCUAAACGCCCCUUGCCGUCGCUCCUUAAAUACUCUUUCAAAAACCCCGAUACAGUUUUUUUCGAGAUCCCACCAUUCCCCUCUUUUGAUAUCUGCGAUAAAUUUUACAUUUCGCAAAAAUCUAAAAGUUGGUUUUGUCUGUAGAUGUGCAACAAAACUUUUUGAAAAUUGUGGUAGAAGAAAGCGUGAGAAAGUGUAUACGGUUGGGUGUUUUUCUGCGAAGGCAGCACAAACAAAUAAUACCACUUCAUUUAUUUCAUUAGUCUCAUUCAUCAUGACCGAAGACGAGAGUAAAAACGCAGAAUCGUCGAAUGGAGCUGCGCAGGAAGAAGAUGACGAGGAUGAUUACAUGAACAUGAUAAUAGCGGAGCCCAGCAAACCACGCGAGAAAGAAACAUAUACGCAACGACGACAGCGCAUCCAACGCGAAUCAGAAGCGCGAUCGCGUACGAAAUCCAAAGCUGAAGUCGCAGCGGAAGAAGCAGCGGAAAGGGAAAAUGCAUUAUCGAAAUCGAUGUUGGAGGCUCCGUCGAGCGCGAAUAGUAAGGGCUUGAAGAUGAUGGCGAAGAUGGGGUUUGCCGGGAUGGCGCUGGGGCGAAGGAUAAUGUGGGAAGGUUGGAACCGGUGGUGGUGAGUGGAAAAAGAUGGGUUGGAAGGAGAGGAAAGGAGGAGGUGGAGGGAAAAGGAAGAAGGAGGAGGAGAGUGGGGAAGGAAGAUGGUGGAAAAAAUGAAAUUGAUGGAUGGAAGCAGAUUGAUCAAGGAUUAGUUCGACAACGCGAAGAAAAAGGGAUAGGAGGAUGAGAUAUGAUCUCCAACAAAGUUUAUCACGCCUACCGACCUACGACGACGAAGACGAAGACAAGGAUGAUAAAAGAGCACUGGGAAAAGACAGGAUACAGCAUACUAUCGUGGAAGAUUUGGAGGAGGAAGACCCUGAGCUUGAUGCUUUUACUUUACUGGAACCGGCCGAGAGAUUACAAAAGCUUGUCGAGCAUUUGAGGUCCGAGUAUAAUUAUUGCUUCUUCUGCAAAUACACAUACCCCGACGAUUCAAUGGAUGGCUGCCCAGGUCUAAUGGAGGAAGAUCAUGAUUGAAAAUCAUCGGUUUGUUUUGAUCACUAACUCGAAGUUAUGAUUUAUCGAAUGCCUGCAUUGUGCAUAUGACUAAAGAAAUGCA